GCUGCAGCUGGUGAAAAGCGCGCUCCGUGGACCCGACACCGUGAGAGAGCCCACGGGUUCCGGGGCGUGCGCGGCGGACCAGAGAGCGCAGCCUGGGGUGCGCCUGGGAGGACGGGGCGCAGAGGACUGGAGAGCGCAGCCCGGGGUGCGCCUGGGAGGAGGGGGACUGGGGAGGAGGGGGCGCGGCGGCCGCCGUCCCCGCCCCUGCGCGGCGCUCGGCCCCCUACCGCUGGGCGCGCGACUGCAGCCCGAGCUGGGCGCUCGCCCCGCACCCCGCGUCCCGCAACCCUCACGGCGCACCCGGCACCCCUCGCUCCGCACCGCGCACGGAGCAUCCGCAUCCCCGCCGCCGGGCAUGUAGCAGCGGCAGCAGCGGCAGUCGCCGCGGCGGAAUAUGGGCGGGAACCACUCCCACCAGCCCGCCGUGUUUGACGAGAACGAGGAAGUCAACUUUGACCAUUUUCAGAUUCUGCGGGCCAUUGGGAAGGGGAGUUUUGGAAAGGUAUGCAUCGUGCAGAAGCGAGACACGAAGAAGAUGUACGCGAUGAAGUACAUGAACAAGCAGAAAUGCAUCGAGAGGGAUGAGGUGCGCAACGUGUUCCGGGAACUGCAGAUCAUGCAGGGGCUGGAGCACCCCUUCCUGGUCAACCUGUGGUACUCCUUCCAGGACGAGGAGGACAUGUUCAUGGUGGCGGACCUGCUGCUGGGCGGGGACCUGCGCUACCACCUGCAGCAGAGCGUGCGCUUCACGGAGGGCGCGGUGAGGCUCUACGUCUGCGAGCUGGCCCUGGCGCUGGACUACCUGCAGCGGCGCCACAUCAUCCACAGAGACAUCAAGCCAGACAACAUCCUCCUGGACGAGCACGGACACGUCCACAUCACGGACUUCAACAUCGCCACGGUCCUGAAGGGGGCAGAGAAGGCGUCUUCCAUGGCCGGGACCAAGCCCUACAUGGCCCCGGAGGUGUUCCAGGUGUGCGUGGACGGAGGCCCCGGGUACUCGUACCCCGUGGACUGGUGGUCCCUGGGCGUCACGGCCUACGAGCUGCUGCGGGGCUGGAGGCCGUACGAGAUCCACUCGGCCACGCCGGUGGACGAGGUCCUGCACCUGUUCAAGGUGGAGCGCGUGCACUACUCCUCCACAUGGGGCACGGGCAUGGUCGCCCUGCUGAAGCAGCUGCUGACCAAGGACCCCGAGAGCCGCCUGUCCAGCCUCGGCGACGUCCAGAGCGCGCCCUACCUGGCCGACGUGAACUGGGACGCAGUGUUCGAGAAGGCGCUGACGCCCAGCUUCGUGCCCCAUAAAGGGAGACUGAACUGCGACCCCACGUUCGAACUGGAAGAAAUGAUCCUCGAGUCCAAGCCGCUGCACAAAAAGAAGAAGAGGUUGGCGAAGAACAGGACCAAAGACGGCGCGAAGGGCAGCUGUCCUCUGAACGGACACCUGCAGCAGCGCCUGGAGACCGUGCGCAAGGAGUUCAUCGUGUUCAACAGAGAGCAGAAGCCCUCCCUGACCCACACCAGGGUCAGAAGCCAUCUCUCCCUCGUCGGGGCUCCUGAGUCACUAGGCUCCACCCCUCGGAAGCGGCGCUCGAAGCUUCAUUUUCUGUUAAACCGGGAGUGCAGGAGUCUGGAGACAGACGGCCGUGCUGGCUCUCAGUACAACCAUAUUUGGGCUGAGGAGGCAGCAGGGGCAGGGCGGCCAGCGCCCGGACAGCGAGGGCCUGGGCGGCCUCCGGGACGGCUGCAACAACACCGCCCUGGGCCCCGCCUGCCCCCGGGGCUGCAGCAGCUGAGCCACCCCCUGGGGCCGCCCAGCGGGCCUACACGCCGACGUCCCCCUCGGUGCCACGACGGGCCCUGCCUCACCCCGGCCACACCGGAUGCAGACGGAGCCCAGGGCCUGGAGCUGGGAAGCCCAGCGUGUGGUCCCAGCGGCCGGAAGGAUUCCCUGUGAGCGACC